AUGGCCCGCGCGCGGAUUGGCUGCUCGGGGCCGGGGGGCCGGGACCGAGGGGCAGAGUCCGCCCCGAACCUUCAAAUGGGAAGCCCCCCGGAGGCGCCCACAGACUUGAGGGUGUGCUGCAAACCCGCAGGCAGGGAGCACAGAGGGCUGUGAGCCGAGCACGCGGGCGCGGAGGCACUAGGGCCCGCGCGGGGCGCCGAGCCGCUCGGCCGAGACACCGCUGCGCCCGCCCAGAGGCCCCGGGGCCGUGGGGCGUGCGUCUCGCCUCCAGCCAUGGGGUCGGCGGCGCUGGAGAUCCUUGGCCUGGUGCUGUGCCUGGUGGGCUGGGUGGGCCUGAUCCUGGCGUGCGGGCUGCCUAUGUGGCAGGUGACUGCUUUCCUGGAUCACAACAUCGUGACGGCGCAGACCACUUGGAAGGGGCUGUGGAUGUCGUGUGUGGUGCAGAGCACCGGGCACAUGCAGUGCAAGGUGUACGACUCGGUGCUGGCACUGAGCACCGAGGUGCAGGCGGCGCGGGCGCUCACCGUGGGCGCAGUGCUGCUGGCGCUCGUCGCGCUCUUCGUGACCCUGGCAGGCGCGCAGUGCACCACCUGCGUGGCCCCUGGCCCCGGCAAGGCGCGCGUAGCCCUCACGGGCGGCGCGCUCUACGCGCUCUGCGGGUUGUUGGCGCUCGUGCCGCUCUGCUGGUUCGCCAACAUCGUGGUCCGCGAGUUCUACGACCCGACCGUGCCCAGGUCGCAGAAGUACGAACUGGGCGCGGCGCUGUACAUCGGCUGGGCCGCCUCGGCGCUACUCAUGUGCGGCGGCGGGCUCGUGUGCUGCGGCGCCUGGGUCUGCGCUGGCCGCCCCGACCUCAGCUUCCCCGUCAAGUAUUCGGCGCCACGGCGGCCCACGGCCAGCGGUGACUACGACAAGAAGAACUAUGUCUGAGGGCGCCGGGCACGCCCGCGAGCGGGAGGAACGCCAGGGGAGCCCCGCAUGGACAGCGGCCUCCGCCCGGCCGCGUCGCGCACGGGCUCCGCGGAACGCCCGGCUCUACGCCCGCCGACGGGACCCUGCCUGCGCUCGCAGCCCGUCCUCUCCAACUGCCACUAGUUGGGCCUUGGGCCGCACCCUGGCCUGAACAGGAGAUGCGCCCUUGGGAGGACUUGCUCGGUUUCUUUUUCUGUGCGCAGUCCUGGAUCCGACGUGGGCGGGGCUCGGGUUCCUUCGGCUGUGUGGGCACUGGACUGAAGAUGCCGCUUCUCUCCCCGACCCUUGGGGUCUUGGAUGUCCCCGUAUACCCCAGCGGCUCCUGCUGAGUCGAGGGGCAGACGGAGAGCCCAGGGCGCCCAGCCUGGGCUGCCUGAGGGAUGUGUACAGCUGGCUUUUACCCCAUCAGCGGGGCCUGAGCCCAGGGGGGCCAUGAGAUUUGGCCUGGACCUCCCUGCCUCACCCCAGCAGCUCCCCAGGGGAGUCUUAUGGGCACCAGAGCCUGAGUGUGGGGCUGGGGCCCUGCCCUCCUCUGCAGCUUGGGGGGAGGGUAAGAAUUUGCUUAGUAAAUAGUUUGAAUACCCUCCCACCUGUGUCCUGUCCUCUGUCCAGUCACUGCCUGUGCCCAGUACCCUCCAUGCAUCCAUCCACCCACCGACUCCUCCCUGAUAGGCUCCUGUGGGGACUUCCCAGAACUGGCCCCUGGGGCCCAGAGGAUCCCAUGGCCUUUCCUCGAGUCUUCUCUGCCACCUGGUCACCUUCCCUCUGAGUAAGAAACACAGCCACAGCUCACCCACCCAGGAAGGUGAGAUCUAUAAUCAGAAGACCCACUGCUGAGUCAUGGAGCUGAGGGAGGUUGGGGAGGGGAGGUGAUGCAGACUCCAGGCAAAGGAUGCAGGUUGGACUCCCCCUUACCCCCCUGUGCAUGGUGAUCUUGGGGUGCAGGAAGUACUGGGGGUGGGUGCUAGGCUGCUGGCUUUGCCUAGAAGAGGCUGGGCUCCACGCACCCCAGGGGGAUGUUUUCCGCCUGCCUUCUCAGGGCUCGCCUAUCCCUGGGUCACAUCAGAUGGCCGCAGACAUCUGUACAACACCAACUGGGCCCUUUCUGCCAACAGUACAUUUGAACAGGGGCGAAUCCAGGGUGUGUGCUGGGCUCCAGCAGAGCUAGCUGCAGGUCGACAAGCACAUUGGCAUGGGGAGGAGGCACCUGUGGCCAGUUGCCCAGCGAGUGCCCGAGCUGGGCUCCAGCCCCUCUGUCCUGGCUCUUCUGCCAGUCUCGGUGCAGUUCUAUGCUGGGCUUGUGCCCACCCAGCUGGCGUGGCAGCCAGCCCAGACUUGUGCCGACCAUCAGCAACUCUUGUGGCAGCCCCUGCUGGGAGCACCCUGUGUGACCUUCUUCCUGUGGGUGGGACCCAUGAGAGCCAGGGCUGGCCCUGGCCAGGCACCUGGAGAUGGGGGUCCCAGGAGGGCAGAGCACACGAGAGCUAUAUGUUAUAGCCGAGAGUGCGAUG